AUGGCAAACUCUGAUUCAUCUUCCUCAUCCAACCUCAAAAAUAUCCUUUCCAUUCCCUACUCUAUCAAGUUGGACAGAGGGAAUUACAGAUUGUGGAAAUCAUUGGUAUUACCAUCGCUUAGGGGUCACAAUCUUGAUGGAUACAUAUUUGGCACAACAAAGUACCCCCAAGAGUUUAUCAUUGAUGAGACUGGCAAAAAGAACACUCCAACUUUUGUAUAUUGGACUUCAACAGAUCAACUACUACUUGGAUGGCUCAUCAAUUCCAUGACCCAAGAGGUUACAACACAACUACUUCACUAUGAAACAUCACAACAGAUUUGGGAAGAUGCCCAAAGUCUAGCUGGAGCCCACACACGAUUAAGAAUCACCUUCUUGAAAACUGAGUUUCAGAGAACCAGAAAAGGAGGACUAAAGAAGGAAGAGUAUCUCACCAAAAUGAAAGAAAUUGCUGAUAACUUAGCACUUGCUGGUAGUUCAGUUUCAAUAAUGGAUCUGAUCACUCAAACACUCGCGGGCUUGGACAACGAAUACAACCCAAUCGUGGUUAAACUUUCAAACAAAGAGAAUUUGACUUGGGAGAUACUAAAAGAGGUAGAAGCAACUCUUUUGGAGGAUGGAGAGAAGGACAAAUUAAUAGAGGUGCAAGAGGAGGCAGAGCUCGUGGCAGAGCAACCAAAGACAGAAAUAUAUGCCAAGCUUGCUGUAAACUAG